UUUUUUUAUGUUAUUCUUGAAGAAGACGACAUUCAGAGAGUUCCGUAAAGUUAAUUUUGAGAUUCGACUGUUGAAAAAUGAGGAUAAGUGUUUAAUUGAAGAAAAAUGAAAUGAUGUCAAUUUUUAAGGUUUUUUUAUUCGGUUAGUAUGUUAAAAUUAUAGUUUAAUGUCUUUUGAUUUACUAAAUUCUCCAAAAAAAUUCUUAAUUGGAGAUAAUCAAACUUCGAUUUCAGCAAACUUAUAGUCUAACUAAACGUCUCAAAAAGACGAACCAAACAAACUUAAAUUCGACUCAAUCCGAAAACAAUUUGAUCCAAAUCGAAGACUCAAAGCACCUUUGGAAGGUUCAAACCAUAAUUUUGAUGAUCAAGCGGCUUUCAAAUGUGACAUGCUAAGACAUGAUUUAGUUUUUUUUUAUUUUUAUUUUUAUUUUUUUUGUAAAAAGAACUUUUAUUAAAAAUCAGGAAACGGUUACAACAGCUGAAGACACAAAAAUAAAAAGACCAAGGCAGAUAACAACCUAAAUUGGGCUUAGUGCACGGCCGAGGCUUCCAGCACCCCCGAAACCUAUCACGGACCAUCCAAUCAGGUGAAGUCAGCUCCCACAAAACAAUCAAACUCAACGACCAACACUAAAGGUUGCCACCAGCUCGACGACAGGGGGUACGAGCCCUGGCCACAUCAUAGCCCCCAAAAAAAUACAACAAAAACCUAGUAGUAAGGCAACCCCAAGCAAAAAGGAAAAAAAGUAUAAAACAGCAGGAUCAUCUUCUUCUACGGCCCCUCCCACGAAAACGGCCACGAAAAGCAACCGAACAAACUGGUCUAUCUCGUACCACAGAAAAUUCUUUCCGAUGAUUUAAUAAUAUUAUUAAUAUUCCUCAAUUGUUAAUGUCUAUUGCUAUUAGAAUUUCUUGAAAUUGCGAAGUCAACUUAUACUUAGAAAUAAUCUUAAUAAUACUAAACCCUAAACGUGCACAAAAUUUUCAUCCUACGAAAUUAGUUCAUCCAACGAAAAAUAUAACCUGGAUUUUGUCAGAUUUUCUUUAAAAAAAAAAUCUUAUGCGGACACCCUAAAUCCUAAACGAAAUUCAAAAUUUAAGUUAACGGUCUAAUUUUAGAAUAUUACCGGACUUAAAACUAGAUUUAUUUAAUUUUUAAAUUGAAUAGGAUUCUAUUUAGAUUUUGUUUCCAAAUAUAUUCCAAAGAUCUCCAAAUAUAUUCUAAAGAUUAAAUUCAUCUAUAAAAGAAGACGAACAGUGAAGUUUGAGUUCAUUCACUAACUCUGUCUAAUCCUCCAAUAAUUAGAUAUACAAGCAGAAGGAUUCUCACAGCCCUGCGAUGGAGACACAGUCACUGCAGGUUUCGUCGCCGGUGCCGGCGCUGGCAUUUGAGAAGCAGAAAGAGAUCUCCUUGAAGAUUAUGUUCAAGCCCCUUCAGGAGAAACAACAAGAAAUGAACGCUUCUUCAUCAUCAACCGGGAUUCGUUGCAGCGAAUGUAGCAUGUCAUUUUCAUCUACAAAAGCCCUGUUUGGACAUUUAAGAAUUCAUCGGAAAAGCACAAAUGUAGCCCGAAAAGCCUCUCUUUUACCUUUGAGAAAAGCUAAGAUCUCCGAAGAGUUCAUAGCAGCCUGCAUUCUCAUGGGGAUGAAAAGGUCAAAAUUGGAAGCAGACAUCGAUGACGCAAAGCGGAGCAAACUGAGGUGGGUUUGCGCAAAGCUAAAUAAGCAGAGGAAGAACGUGAAGGAGGUUACGUCAAAUCAAUCUAUCAAACAUUAUCAGAGAAAAAUCUGUAAGAAGGUGGCGCCUUCACUACUAGCUUUAGCAGAGCAUAGUGUCGGCCAGUGGAAUAGAGAAAAUAGCAAUGAAGAAAUGAGUGCUAGUGUGGUUGGCUCGGCGGAGAUGGAGAUUCAUCAAUGUGAUAAGUGCGAUAAGGUUUUCAAUUCUGGACAGGCUUUGGGUGGACAUAAACGUGCGCAUUAUACAGGGCCUCCGCUUUGCCGUCCGGGGAGCAAUGCGAGGUCACAGGCGACACUAGCUGCGGCGGCAGCGGCGGCGGCGGAAGUGGUUUUUCACGAUUUUGACCUUAAUGAGCCGGUGGAAGAAGUGUUUCAUUAGAAUCCCAGUACUUUUUUUGUGUAUGUGUUUGUGUUCAAUGAUGGACGUUAAUGGUCUGUACGAUGGCUGUUUUUUAGUAUGUUGAAUACAAAAUUUGUUUCUUCAUUUUGUUUUUCUCUCUGCGUCUUAUGGUGAAGGAUUAUUAAUAUGAUUUAAAUAAUUGUAAUAAAUUUGUUAUGUAUUAUCUAAUAAUUUAUUUAUUUAUUUAUUUUCUUGAAGAAGACGACAUUAAGAAAGUUCCGUAAGUUAAUUUUGAGAUUCAACUGAAAAAUGAGGAUAAGUGUUUAACUGAAGAAAAAUGAAAUAAUGUCAAUUUUUAAGGAUUUUUUAUUCGGCCAGUAUGUUAAAAUUAUAGUUUAAUGUAUUCUGAUUGAGUAAAUUCUCCAAAAAAAAUCAUAAUUGAUCAAAAAAUUAUAAUAAAAUAGAUUAUACCAACCAAAAGAACAUUUGAGUGGCAUACCCAAUAACAUCAAAUGUGUCUUACAUGAAUCCAAAUGAUCCUAAACUCAAUAUUCAAAAGUAUAAUUACAAACAUCACGACACUACUUGAGUGAUCAAGCAAUCUUCAACUCGUAUAAUUUUACAAUUGUUAUAACAUAAAAAAUUUAUUUUGAUCGGGCACGCAUCUCGAGGCAAAAUCGAGUAGAAAACUUUCAGAAUUAAAUUGGAGAUCAUACAAACUCCGAUUUCAACAAAUUUAUAGUCUAACUAAACGUCUCGAAAGACGAACCCAACAAACUUAAAUUUGACUCAAUCCGAGACCAAUUUGAUCCAAAUCGAAGACUCAAAGCACCUUUGUAAGGUUUAAGCCAUAAUUUUGAUGAUCAAACGGCUUUCAAACGUGACAUGCUUAUUGUCAAAUCGAGUGGCUCAAUGAUCCGAAUUCAAUGGACCAUAUCGUUGAAUUCUAAGAUUAUUAAUGCACUCAAAUACUUGAUAAACUGUCCAUGAUCAAAGGGGAUCAAUAUCGGCCGUCCGUUCAAACCACUCCAUAUAUAUACAGCCUUGAUCUUUCUCUUAUUUAUUGAUUAUGCCAAUCUAAGAAAAUUAUAAAUAGGUCGCUCAUUUCUCAUGAAAGGGGGGGACCAAUCAUGGAAGAAAGGAGGGAAAGAAAAGAGGAGAGGAAGAGAAGUCAAAGAUUUCUCAUGCACCAAGCUCCUCCUCGACCACCUCCUUGCCACUGAUCGUCAUCGGACUUUCUCUAGAAUUCUGCCUGACCACCGACUGAAGCCAAACUUCCGUCCAUUGCUAAACUUUCGCCCAUUGCUGGACUUCUACCCAUCAUUGAACUUUUGUCGGACUUUUGUCUGACGCUGAACUUCCGUCCAUCACCGGACUUUUACCCGUUGCUAGACUAUCGUCAAACUUCUACUCGAUAUCGGACUUUCGUCCAUCUCCAAACUUUUGUGUGUCGCUAAACUUCUGCCCGACGUUAAACUUCCGUCCAUCGUCGGAUUUUCAUCCAUCGCCAAACUUCUGUACAUCGCCAAACUUUCAUCUAACUUCUAUUCGACGCCAAACUUCCAUCCAUCGUCAGAUAUGAUACACCGGCAGAUAAGAAGAGAAAACUUCUUACUUGAAAGCCAUCUUACUUGUGAUAUAUAAUAUGAGAAUAAUUCUUGAAAACAAGAUUAAUAUAAUUGGUACUAAUUCUUGUAGGGUUGGUAUAUAGGAGGCUAUAGAAAAAAUAUCACAUACAAUCUAAUGUCCUAACUUGCUUAUAGUACUUGGAUAUGCAUCUGACAUGAGCACGCAUGAUAAAUUAUAUAAGUAACAUGAUAUAAUGUAACAUGCAUAUAAUACACAUGAAAUAUAUGAAAUACAUGAUGUAUUACAUAAAAUAGAAAUACAUGAAAAACAUUCUACAUGAAAUUGAUAGGGUAUUCGACAUGCAUACUUAUAUGGACAUAUGACACUACAUAUAUAGCUUAUAUGAUUGAUAAAUUGCAAAUGAUUAGAAUAUGAAAUACAUGCAUAUGAUAGAUGUAGCAUAAUAAAUAUUUAUUUAAUAACAUGUAUAUUGAUUUAUCUAAAAGGUGAAAUAUAUAUGAAAUAUCUUGUAACAUAAAGGUUUAGUAGAUGACAGAACAGAACCUACUGAUUGGUUAUGAAUUACAAUGCUUAUAUUAAUUUAUAUUUUUCAUAUGAAAAGACACUGUACAUAUUGACUACUCAUAUGACAUGAAUUAGUUUAUUUCGACUAUUACAUGUUCUUAUGGUUUUAUGAUUACAUUAUUUUGGAUUGAAUGACUGCAUGUAUAUUGUUCAUAUUUUUUUUGUACUGAUUUUAGUUGUAGGUUCUAAAAACUAGCUAAAUUGUUUUCUCACUCUAUAGUUUUUAUAUAUUUGCAAGAAGAGGUUAUUAACCAGUGAAGUGAGAUAAAUCAAAAUCUUUAGUUUUUAUUUUAUUUUAUGUAUUUUAUUUUAUUUUUUAUUGUCAGGAGUUUAGAGAUAGAUAAACUGAUAUAAAUUGAAUUUUGAUGAAUAAAUAUAGUUAUAUAUCAUGAUGAAUGAUAUAAUUAUAUAUUUUGAUGAAUAUGAUUUAUAGUUAUUUUUGUUGGUUUUAUUUAAUUAAAAAAAUUAUAAUCUCUGAUAGUCUAAUCAAAGAAUAUAAUAGAUAAUUCUUUCAGAAUUUGAUCUUGGGCCAUGACACUUAUUCCCUAUAAGGGAAAACCCUUAUAGUUAAUUACAUUUAUGAGACAAAUGUCCCUUAAGAAAACUUUUGAUUAAGGUGUGACAAUCAAAUUCAUGAUUUUUAAAGUUACAAUCAAGGAUUGUUAAAUUUUAAAAUUUUCAAGAGGGCUAGGUUCAAACUUGGAAUAUUUUAUUUUUUAAGAGUCAAAGAAGAAGGGGUAGGAGAUACACAAUUCUGGCAAGCUUAGAAGUAUCUCAAAUUAUCCUAUGGUUGAGCUUUAUGAUUUUGAUAUUAAAAUAUUUUUAUCAGUUAACAUUUUAUAAGAAAUUAAAAACUAAUAUUCUUAAUCACAAGAUCAAUGAAAUACUCAAAGGGUGAGGACUUAUGAUAUGCAAUCAACCUCAAAACAUAGAACUAAGUUGGAUACUACAAGGUAGUGGUUCAAACAUGUUCUAAUGAAGUAAGAAAAUUUUGACUCUUUUGGACUUACAUUUCGCUAGGAGUGAAAUAUUCAACUAAAUCACCAAUUAAUCUUAAAAUCAUGAUGUUCGAUCUUGUGUAAAUGUAACACAUGUUAAACUAUUAUUUAAUUAGAAAUUUGGGAUGGACAUCUCAAAAUCCUAAAUGGUCUCAAACUUAUAAAUGGUAGUUAUGCACUAAAAACUAAAUAUAAUUGGUUUAUAAUUGCAAUGUAUGCUUAUCUACUUAUGCAAAACUAGGAUGAUAUGAAAUUUUAAAAAGGCUUUAAAAGUAUAUUUUAUCCUAUAGAGCAGGCCUUUCUUGAGAUAGAACUACACUCUAAUAAGUCAGGUGUUCUACCCAAACUAACAAGCGGGAAGGUGCCUAACCACGAAAGUAGAAUAUGUAAUAUAAUCCCAGUUGAAACCUAAUUUAUGUUAUUUGAUAAUAAUCUUUCUAUGUUAUUUAACCUUAAUUUUUUUUGUUAUGCGAAUUUUUUUUUUUAUUUCUUAAGAGCCUAGCAAGAAUCCAUGCAAAAGCACAUGCAAAAAAGAAACUUAGAAAAAGCAUAUACUUUAGAAGGCACAAUCAAUAUUAAAUAUAACGUUCAACCAACCACCGAUAUAUGAAAAGCAGUAGAGCAAGGUAUACGAAAUGUUCAAUGUGGCAAGCUCUACUUAAUUACAACCAUUAUUUAUAAAGGCAGUCUCGAUAAUGUUCUUAAAUUAUAAUACAAAUUCUACUUGUAGAAUUAAUGUAAGUCUUUUAAAUAAAAUCCUUCACAUUCUUCAAUGAUGGUAUUUUUAAAAGGUUUCCAAAAGAAUUUGCAUAUAAAAAGUUCAUUCUUUUGGUCUCUUUCCCUUUUAUGAUAAAGAACUUCAUUUAAAUUUCACAUUAUUUUUAUACAUGGUAAAGGAGAAAAAGCCACUAUACUCCCUACAAGUUAGUAAAGUAAUUCAUAAUCAAAUAUUCAAAUCAAAUCACAUUGCAAAAUAACUAGGAUACGUGUUCAACAAUUGAGCAACUUAUUUAUUAGCCAUACUUUUAAUAAUUAGGGGGUUGAGCAGCAUAAGCACAUGCAUAAAUUUUAAUUAAUUUUAAUCUUUGAUUAUUUAGCCUCGUUUUACAGCUCUACAUAAACAUGAUCAAUAAUUAAAAAUAUGGUUUGCAAUAAAACAUCCAAGUUGACCCUAUCUCAAAUAAAUAUAAACAUACAUCACAAAAAUACAACAACACAAGCACGAAGGCAAUCAAUCAUCCAAAUCAUUUACACAAAUCCACCAAGAUCAUUUAAAUUAUUUGAUUAACAAACAUAUCGAUAGAAGUACAUCGUCACAAUAGCGCACCUAACCUAAAGCUAGAAUUGGUUGUCCUAAAAAACAAACUUGUGCGAGUGUCAACCUAUUAUGCUUUGAGUUAUAAUUUUAUGUUCUUAAGAAUAAUAUUAGACAUUAGUGUUGAUUAUACAAAAGACUCUAUGUACUAAUAAGUCUUAACGCACACACAAAAUGCAGUUAUUGCAUCUGAGAAGAUUGAAUAAAAGCAUAAGUCAUUUUUUAUUAAUUAAGAAUUGAUUUAGAAUGUGUUGGAUGGAUUUUAGGAAAGUUCAUUUAAGAUUAAUUAUGUUUAAUUUAAUUUUAUUUUGAGUUUGAUUUUUAAUUCCAAAUUUAUUCCAUUCUUAAUUAAUUUUAUAAAUUUAUUUAAUUUUCAUUUCCAUUUUGUGAAUUUAUGAAAAAAAAAGC